CACGCUGACCUUCCCGGGCUGGGAGGGAGGAGCGCUGGCUGCGGGCGGUGGGCGGCUGGGCGGCCCCGGGAGCCGCCGCUCUCAGUCUCUCUAGGCGCAGCUCCCUUCGCCGCGUCCGGAGACCCUGGCAGGGCCCAGCAGCCAUGGCCCACUAUAAGACUGAGCAGGACAACUGGCUGAUCAUCUACUUGAAGUAUUUACUCUUUGUCUUCAACUUCUUCUUCUGGGUCGGGGGAGCAGCCGUCCUGGCUGUGGGCAUCUGGACCCUGGUGGAGAAGAGUGGCUACCUCAGCGUCCUGGCCUCCAGCACCUUUGCCGCCUCCGCCUACAUCCUCAUCUUUGCGGGCGUACUUGUCAUGGUGACCGGCUUCCUGGGCUUCGGUGCCAUCCUCCGGGAGCAGAAGGGCUGCCUCUCCACGUAUUUCUGCCUGUUGCUCGUCAUCUUCCUGGUUGAGCUGGUGGCGGGAGUCCUGGCCCAUGUGUAUUACCAGAGGCUGAGUGAUGAACUGAAGCAGCACUUGAACCGGACUCUGGCUGAGAACUACGGGCAGCCCGGAGCCACGCAGAUCACCGCCUCAGUGGACCGACUCCAGCAGGAUUUCAAGUGCUGCGGAAGCAACAGCUCAGCCGACUGGCAGCACAGCACGUACAUCCUGUCGCGGGAGGCCGAGGGCCGCCAGGUGCCCGACAGCUGCUGCAAGACAGUGGUGGCGCGCUGCGGCCAGCGGGCCCACCCCUCCAACAUCUAUAAGGUGGAGGGAGGCUGCCUCACCAAGCUGGAGCAGUUCCUGGCCGACCACCUGCUGCUUAUGGGGGCGGUGGGCAUCGGGGUGGCCUGCCUGCAGAUCUGCGGGAUGGUUCUCACCUGCUGCUUGCACCAGAGGCUCCAGCGGCAUUUUUACUAAUGGCCAACCACCUCCUCUUCCAACUGCCCCUCAGGACAACAGGUGGCCACAUGCCAUCUGCAAGG